GAAUCCCUAGGCAUCUCUCCCAAGGACUGUGAACUGCUGACUCUCCACUUGCUCCCCUGGAAAUGCAGCGGCUGUUGACUCCAGUGCGGCAGGUCCUGCAAGUCAAGAGGGUGAUUCAGGAAGCCUCCCUCGCGCCUGUGCGCCUGCUCCCAGCAGCCCACCAUCGGUGUUUUACAGUCUCUGCUGCCCCACUGGCCAAAACAGAUACGUGGCCAAAAGAUGUGGGCAUCCUUGAGCUGGAGGUCUACUUCCCAGCCCAAUAUGUGGACCAAACUGACCUGGAGAAGUACAACAAGGUGGAAGCAGGGAAAUAUACAGUGGGCUUGGGUCAGACCCAAAUGGGCUUCUGCUCAGUCCAGGAGGACAUCAACUCCCUGUGCCUGACUGUAGUGCAACGGCUGAUGGAGCGCACAAAGCUCCCGUGGGAUUCUGUGGGUCGACUGGAAGUGGGCACCGAGACCAUCAUCGACAAGUCUAAGGCUGUCAAGACGGUGCUCAUGGAACUCUUCCAGGAGUCAGGCAACACUGACAUUGAAGGCAUAGACACCACCAAUGCAUGCUAUGGUGGCACUGCUUCCCUCUUCAACGCUGCCAACUGGAUGGAGUCCAGCUACUGGGAUGGUCGCUAUGCGCUGGUGGUCUGUGGAGACAUCGCAGUGUACCCCACUGGUAACGCGCGACCUACAGGUGGCGCUGGAGCUGUGGCCAUGCUGAUUGGGCCUAACGCCCCUCUAGCCCUGGAGCAAGGACUCAGGGGAACCCACAUGGAAAAUGCCUAUGACUUCUACAAACCGAAUUUGGCCUCAGAGUACCCGUUGGUGGAUGGCAAGCUCUCCAUCCAGUGUUACUUCCGGGCCUUGGACAGAUGCUAUGCAUCCUACCGCCGAAAAAUCCAGAAUCAGUGGAAACAAGAUGGCAUUGACCGGCCUUUCACCCUCGACGAUAUACAGUAUAUGAUCUUUCACACACCCUUCUGCAAGAUGGUCCAGAAAUCUCUGGCUCGUCUGAUGCUCAGUGACUUCCUGUCAUCCAGCAAUGCCACACAGAACUCCUCAUAUAAGGGACUGGAGGCCUUCAGGAACCUAAAGCUGGAAGAAACCUACACCAACAAGGAUGUGGAUAAAGCCCUUCUGAAAGCCUCCCAGGACAUAUUCAACAAGAAGACCAAGGCCUCCCUCUAUCUCUCCACACACAACGGGAACAUGUACACCUCAUCCCUGUACGGCUGCCUGGCCUCACUGCUGGCACAUCACUCUGCUCAAGAAUUGGCUGGCUCCAGGAUUGGAGCCUUCUCCUACGGCUCUGGCUUAGCAGCGAGUUUGUUCUCAUUUCGAGUGUCACAGGAUGCUUCUCCCGACUCCCCACUGGAGAAGCUGGUGUCUAGUGCGUCAGACCUGCCAGAACGUCUGGCCUCCAGGAAGCGUAUGUCUCCUGAAGAAUUCACAGAAGUGAUGAACCAAAGAGAGCAGUUCUACCACAAAGCAAAUUUCUCACCACCUGGUGACACAAACAACCUUUUCCCGGGUACUUGGUACCUCGAGCGAGUGGACGAGAUGCAUCGCCGGAAGUAUGCCCGGUGUCCCAUCUAAAAGUGGUCCAUAGAACAGUUCCUGUAGAGAACCACUAGCAAA